AUGCGCGUCAACGUCAUGCGAUCAAUCGCGCGUCAGCUGCAGCCGACACAGCGCAAGAUGCUGUCGACAGUGAGCGCACUGCGUGCAGCACGUGUCGAUCCGUCCAUCAACAUGCACGUGCGCUCCAUGGGCGUGUUCUCGAGCCUCAAGGAGACGGUAUCAGGCAAAUUGGAGGAGCGCAGUCAGCACAAACAGGGAGAGGCGUACAAACAGCAGAUGAUUGAGCUUUCGCAAAAGGAUAAAUUUGAUCUGAACGGAUUUUACGACCACCUAAAGAAAAACGCAGAAGCCAGUGGGGCAAGCGGCUGGCGGUCGAUGAUCCCGGGCGUGUCGACGAUGAGUGCCGUCCAGCAGAUGAAAGCGUUCAUGACCAUCUUGGAGUCGAUGGAUCCGGAGUAUCGCGAAAACCCUCGCCUCAUCAAUGGCAAAAUCAAGAGGCAGAUUUCGGAGAAGGCUGGUCACUCGCCGGAAGAGAUCAACAACAUGCUGCGCAACUACGAGCAACUGUCUGCGCUUCACAUUUGGCUUUCGAAGCGAGUGGCACGUGGCCUCCGUAUUCCCGAGACGCUGGACGAGACAACGGAGCUCGUGCGUGAGGACCCAACGGGGUUUCCUGCCAAGAAGUUCAGGACGAAACAGCGUCGGUACUAG